AUGUUCACAUUAAAUGAAGUCGAGUGCCUUGGUGCAUGCGUGAAUGCCCCGAUGAUGCAAAUCAAUGAUGAUUACUACGAGGACCUCACAGUUGAAGAUGUGACGCGAAUUCUCGAUGAUCUCAAAGCCGGGAAAAAGCCUAAGGCCGGACCACAAAGCGGACAAGGCCACCGUUUUGCAUCGGAACCGAAACAAGGUUUGACCUCCCUGACCACCGAACCUCCCGGUCCCGGAUUUAAGGUUCGGGCGGAUCUGUGA